AUGGGUCGUCACGGUAAGGGUCCAAAAACUAACAAGAGCCAGAAUUUGGCACCAGAAAAAGAGCGUUUUAUUCAAUGUUGCACUGAUAUCACUUUAGAGUUGACUAAUUCUCUAACAUCCAGUUCCACCAGAGAGAUUAAUUUGAAUGGGCUGAUUACGAAAUACUCGAAAAAAUACAAACUGAAACAGCAGCCUAGGUUGACCGAUAUUAUCAACUCUAUCCCAGAUCAAUACAAGAAGCAUUUAUUGCCAAAAUUGAAAGCAAAACCAGUUAGAACGGCAUCUGGUAUAGCUGUGGUGGCCGUUAUGUGUAAACCACAUCGUUGUCCACAUAUAGCCUACACUGGUAACAUUUGUGUUUACUGUCCCGGUGGUCCGGACUCGGAUUUCGAGUAUUCCACUCAAUCGUAUACUGGUUACGAGCCCACAUCGAUGAGAGCCAUUAGAGCUCGUUAUGACCCUUACGAGCAAGCUAGAGGUAGAGUAGAACAACUAAAGCAACUGGGUCACUCCAUCGAUAAGGUUGAGUACGUUGUCAUGGGUGGUACUUUCAUGUCUUUACCUAAGGACUAUCGUGAAGAUUUUAUUGUCAAUUUGCAUAACGCUUUAUCAGGUUUCAAUGGUACUGAUAUUGAUGAGGCAAUUAAAUAUUCCCAACAAAGUUUAACAAAGUGUGUCGGUAUCACAAUUGAAACUAGACCGGAUUAUUGUACUCCAACUCAUUUGGAUGAUAUGUUGAAAUAUGGUUGUACAAGAUUAGAGAUUGGUGUACAGUCAUUAUAUGAAGAUGUCGCACGUGAUACAAAUAGAGGUCAUACUGUUAAAUCUGUCUGUGAAACUUUUGCUAUUGCUAAAGAUGCAGGUUAUAAAGUCGUUUCACAUAUGAUGCCUGAUCUACCAAACGUUGGCAUGGAGAGAGAUAUUGAACAAUUCAAAGAAUAUUUUGAAAAUCCAGACUUUAGAACAGAUGGUUUGAAAAUUUACCCAACGUUAGUCAUCAGAGGUACAGGUUUAUAUGAACUAUGGAAAACAGGACGUUAUCAAUCUUAUAAUGCUAAUGCCUUAGUUGAUUUAGUUGCCAGAAUUAUGGCAUUAGUCCCACCGUGGACAAGAAUUUACCGUGUCCAAAGAGAUAUUCCAAUGCCACUGGUUACCUCAGGUGUGGAUAAUGGUAACUUAAGAGAGUUAGCACUAGCAAGAAUGAAAGAUUUUGGUACAACUUCCCGUGAUAUUCGUACAAGAGAAGUCGGCAUACAGGAAGUGCAUCACAAGAUUCAGCCGGAUCAAGUUGAAUUGAUCAGAAGAGACUAUUAUGCUAAUGGUGGUUGGGAAACAUUCUUAGCCUAUGAAGAUCCGAAGCAAGAUAUCUUGAUUGGUCUUCUAAGAUUAAGAAAACCUUCUAAGAAGCAUACAUAUAGAAAAGAAUUUACUGCACAAAGAACAUCGAUAGUUAGAGAACUACAUGUAUACGGUUCGGUUGUUCCAUUGCACUCUAGAGAUCCACGUAAAUUCCAACAUCAAGGUUUUGGUACUUUGCUUAUGGAAGAAGCUGAGAGAAUUGCACGUGAAGAACAUGGCUCUGAGAAGAUUUCAGUCAUUUCCGGUGUUGGUGUAAGAAAUUACUAUGCAAAAUUAGGUUACGAAUUGGAUGGUCCAUAUAUGUCUAAAAAAUAUAAAUCAGGAUUGUGA